GACGGGGCCGGCGCGCGGCGGCCGCGCUCCAGGCGGGCUCGCUGCUGCCCUGGGCGCCGCCGCCAUGGGCAAGAAGCACAAGAAGCACAAGACCGAAUGGCGCUCGUCGUACGAGGACUAUGCAGACAAGCCCUUGGAGAAGCCCCUGAAGCUGGUCCUCAAAGUUGGAGGAAGCGAAGUGACGGAACUCUCAGGGUCCGGCCACGACUCCAGUUACUACGAUGACAGGUCAGACCAUGAGCGGGAGAGACACAAGGAGAAGAAGAAGAAGAAAAAGAAAAAGUCAGAGAAGGAGAAACACCUUGACGAUGAAGAAAGGAGGAAACGAAAGGAGGAAAAGAAGCGGAAACGGGAGAAGGAGCACUGUGACACAGAGGGGGAGGCCGACGACUUCGACCCGGGGAAGAAGGUGGAGGUGGAACCGCCCCCCGACCGGCCCGUGCGAGCGUGCCGGACGCAGCCAGCUGAGAACGAGAGCACGCCUAUCCAGCAGCUGCUGGAGCACUUCCUCCGCCAGCUGCAGAGAAAAGAUCCUCAUGGAUUUUUUGCUUUUCCUGUCACGGAUGCAAUCGCUCCUGGGUACUCGAUGAUAAUAAAACACCCAAUGGACUUCGGCACAAUGAAAGACAAGAUCAUAGCUAACGAGUACAAGUCAGUCACGGAGUUUAAGGCAGAUUUCAAGCUGAUGUGUGACAACGCGAUGACAUACAACAGGCCGGACACUGUGUACUACAAGUUGGCCAAGAAGAUCCUGCACGCCGGCUUCAAGAUGAUGAGCAAAGAGCGGCUCUUAGCUCUGAAGCGCAGCAUGUCGUUUAUGCAGGACAUGGAUUUCUCUCAGCAGGCGGCUCUUCUGGGCAACGAAGACACGGCUGCCGAGGAGCCUGUCCCCGAAGUCGUGCCCGUGCACGUAGAGACGGCCAAGAAGUCCAAGCGGCCAAGUAGAGAAGUCAUCAGCUGCGUGUUCGAGCCGGAGGGGAACGCCUGCAGCCUGACGGACAGCACCGCGGAGGAGCAUGUGCUGGCGCUGGUGGAGCACGCAGCCGACGAGGCCCGGGACAGGAUCAGCCGGCUGGUGCCUGGCGGCAAGAUGGGCUACCUGAAGAAGAAUGGGGACGGCAGCCUGCUCUACAGCGUGGUCAACACGGCUGGGCUGGAUGCCGACGAGGAGGAGACCCACCCAGUGGACCUGAGCUCGUUGUCCAGCAAGCUACUGCCCGGCUUCACCACGCUGGGCUUCCGGGAGGAACGGAGGAGCCGAGUCACCUUCCUCUCCAGUGCCAGCACUGCACUCUCCACGCACAACAACUCUGUGUUUGGUGACUUGAAGGCUGACGAGGUGGAGCUGCUGUACUCGGCCUACGGAGACGAGACGGGCGUGCAGUGCGCACUGAGCCUGCAGGAGUUUGUGAAGGAUGCCGGGAGCUACAGCAAGAAGCUGGUAGACGACCUCCUGGACCAGAUCACAGGCGGGGACCACUCACGGAUGCUCUUCCGGCUGAGGCAGAGGAGAAGCGUUCCGAUGAAACCUCCGGAUGAAGUGAAGGCUGGGGACCCUCUCGCGGACGGGGGCUCCACGCUGGACUUCAUGGCCAUGAAGCCCUACUCAGAUGUUUCCCUGGACAUCUCCGUGCUCGGCUGUCUGGGGAAGGUGAAGAAGGAGCUGGACCCGGAGGACGGGCACCUGAGCCUGGACGAGACGACGAAGCUCCUCCAGGACCUGCAGGAGGCGCAGGCGGAGCGCGGGGGCUCUCGGCCCUCGUCCAACCUCAGCUCGCUGUCCAACGCCUCCGACCGGGACCAGCACCAUCUGGGGAGCCCUUCUCGCCUCAGCGUUGGGGAGCAGCAGGAGGCAGCCCACGACCCGUAUGAGUUCCUGCAGUCUCCGGAGCCUGCAGCCUCCACAAAGGCCUAGCCUGCAGGCAGUCUUCGGUGGUUUUGUGCUUCUCAGUUUUUAUUUGCAUGUAGAGUUUUUGUCACGAGACAAAAACUUCAUCUUGUCUCCUUCGGCCUGCGGGAGCAGCCCCGGGGAGCUGGUGAGUUGUCUGCGAUCAUGCCUGCCGCACUCAGAUGUGGGGUAUCCAUGGACAGCCCUUUGCAUCCUGGGGUGGACGUCACUUAUAAAGGGUGUGUGAGCAGAUUUUGUGAAACCGGCGUGGUCUGUCUCUGGGCUGCUAGGUGGCGGGGACGUCCCUCUCGGUGCCCGUGUAAACACACUGUUCAGUCUGCGUCCUCGGGGAGCAGACGUGGGUGAGUCCUGUGUGUAUCCCACCCCACCGAGCCUGCGUCCCCACACUUCUGGGGCAGGUCAUGGGGGGCGCCACGUGGGGAGCUCUGCUGGGCAGUGGGCCGUCUUGUGGCUGCAGCUGUGGAUCACGUGUCAGAAAUUGCUUUGUUCUGGAUGUGUUUACUGGAUGCCUGUUUGUAUCUGCAGAUUGUAAAUACAGAUCUUAAUAAAAAGAAACACAGCGUU